AUGUCGCGAUCAAAUGUGAUUGUUUUGGACAAUGGUACGGGGUAUACGAAGAUGGGAUUUGCGGGCAAUUCCGAGCCGUCCUUCGUGUUUCCUACAGCCAUAGCGACAGCCUCUUCCAGUGCAGGAAAGGCUGUAGGUACACGCCCAUCGGUGCCAACGAAGCCUGGCGGCUUGACUAACUCGUCGCUCGUGUCGAAGCGUGGGAUCGAUGACCUGGAUUUCCACAUUGGACACGAGGCAUACGCCAAUUCAAAAUCAUAUCAAGUGCACCAGCCGAUUCGCCAUGGUAUUGUUGAGAAUUGGGAUUUAAUGGAACGAUUCUGGGAGCAGUGCAUAUUCAAGUAUCUACGUGCCGAGCCAGAGGAGAACUUCUUCAUGCUCACCGAGCCACCGUUGAAUCCACCAGAGAACCGAGAAGCCACAGCGGAGAUCAUGUUUGAGUCAUUCAAUAUCAAAGGCCUGUAUAUUGCCGUGCAGGCUGUCUUGGCUCUUGCAGCUAGUUGGACAAGCAACAAGGUGACGGACCGCACACUCACAGGCACAGUGGUUGACAGUGGUGACGGUGUAACGCAUGUAAUCCCUGUCGCCGAGGGGUACGUGAUAGGAAGCGCGAUCAAACACAUUCCCUUGGCUGGCAGGGAUAUUACGUACUUUGUGCAGCAGCUCCUUCGUGAGCACUACUCGUACGUAUGCCAAGACAUUGUUCGUGAGUUCCGUCGGUUCGAUGAAGACCCAUACAAGUACUUCGAGCGGUAUGAUGGCGAAAACUCUGUGACAGGACGCCCAUACUCCGUCGAAGUUGGCUACGAACGUUUCCUUGCCCCAGAAAUUUUCUUCAAUCCAGAGAUUGCAUCGUCAGACUUUCUUACUCCCUUGCCAGAGAUUGUGGAUACUGUCAUUCAGCAAAGCCCUAUCGAUGUACGUCGUGGGCUAUACAAGAACAUUGUUUUGUCCGGCGGCUCAACCAUGUUCCAACACUUCGGCCAGCGACUAAAGAAGGACCUCAGCGCUAUUGUGAGCCAGCGUAUCGCGGCGUCUGAGGCUGCGAGUGGUAAUCUCGCGCGAAGCUCAGGUCUGGAUGUGAAUGUCAUCUCGCACCGCAUGCAGCGCUACGCUGUCUGGUACGGCGGCUCGCUUCUUGGUUCGUUGCCCGAUUUUUACUCGUUUUGCUAUGACAAGCGUGACUACGAAGAACAUGGUCCAAGCAUCGUUCGUAAGUUUAGCGUAUUUGGCGGCGUUUAA